AUGUUGUCAGACGAGACCAUAUCAAACAUUCGUUUACAUCGUAAUACUCGUCUUGAGCCAAAUGCACAACCAUUUAUUGUUUCUGCAAAUUCACAAUUUCAUUCAUCCACAUCAAAAUCACAACAACGUCGACCACCUGCUGAACGUACUCCAUCAUCACGUUCAUCAAAAUCAGCUGUUGAUGCUAAGAAUCGAGCUGUUAGUGAUAGUUGUAUGGCAGCAGCUAUUGGAGAUUUACAAUGGCUUAAACAAAGUAUAAGAGAUGGACCUAUUGGAAGUGGUGAAGCAACAAGUGUUGAACAAACUUAUGGAAAAGAUGGUCUUGCUCCUAUUCAUCUUGCUGCUUUACAUGGUCGACUUAAUUGUUUAUCGUAUCUUGUUGAAACAGUUCAUAUUGAUAUUGAUUUACCAAGUUCAACAGGUUGGCGUCCAAUUCAUUUAUGUAUAUCAAAAGAAACUGGUACACGUUCAUUUCAAUGUUUACAAUAUCUUGUUGAAAAAGGAGCACAAAUAAAUAUAAUUAAUGAUGAUCAAUUAACACCACUUCAUCAAGCUGCUUCCGAAGGUCAUGUACAAUGUUUAGAAUUUUUACUUGCACAUAAUGCUGAUGUAUAUGCUGAAGAUAGUCGUAAACAAUUACCUAUUGAUCUUGCAAAAUUAUGGGGUAAUAAAAAAUGUGCUAAAUUACUUGCAGCUGCUAUGUGGCAUCAAAAUAAACAUUUAUCAGCCAAAGAACGUCUUUUAUCACGUAAUGCAAAAAUGGCUGAUCUUUUACUUGAAAUCAAACGUGAACAUGCCAUUUUAUUUGAAGAAAAAAGUGAUGAAAAAUUUGAUCAAUGGUUAGUUGAUAUAGGUACAGGAUCUGCAAUACAAAAAACUGAACAAGACAUUCAACAAGAACAACAGCAAUCACAAAAUCAAACAACGCUUCCAGCUAUAUCUCGUGAAUAUAUGAUAAAUCAAUCUCGUACAGAUAAAUCUACUAUACCAAAACGUGACCGACCAUCAACAUUUGUAAAUAUACAAAGAUGGAAUACUUCCACUCAUGUCAAACCAAAUCCUUAUGUACCGGAUUUACCUGAUAAUUAUCCACGUGAUCCAUUUACUAAAAUGCCACCUAAACGUGAUGCUGUUGAAGUCUAUCGUUUACUUCAAAAAAUGACCGUAGAUGAUGUAAAAAAAUUUCUUAGUCGUAGAAAAGAACAAUUAAUUGAUACAAAAACAUCUGGACAACAAAAGCAACGACCUGUUGUCUAUGCUGCAUGUCAUGUUGAUGAUAUACAAACAUUACAUAAACCAAGAAAAGGUGAAGAAUCUUUUCGACCAUUACGUCAUUUUGAUGAAAGUGGUUUACAUUUUACAAAUGAUGCACGAACAAGUAUUUUCUUUCAACAAUUAUCGGAAGCAAUGGAAGGUGGUGAAAAUACUGCUCAAUCUCGACGACAAGCAGCAGAAGACAAAGCUAAAUGGGCUUUAUUUGAACAAUAUGGUCCAGAACUUAUUGAAUUUUUAACUGAUCGACGUGGUCGUUUUAAACGACAAUUUGAUAAAGUUUUUAUAACCUAG